GAGCUCCGGUUUGCACAUCCGUGCCGCUAGUUUCUUUUUCUUUACUGCCUGCAUCGCUGGGCCAGGGUAUCGUGACUGCCUGUUACUGCGGUCCUAAGUCUGUUUCUCAUAAAGGUGAAUCCCAGUUGUAUACACUGGAGACACUUGGGUAUCAAACAAUGCUUAAGUUAUUAUUUGUCGCUUUCCUCGCCGUUGCUGCUCAGGCAAGUGAUGUGCUUGAGUUCACAGAUGACGACUUUGACAGCAGAAUUGGAGACCAUGAAAUGAUCCUCGUGGAAUUCUUUGCACCAUGGUGUGGACACUGUAAACGUCUUGCUCCUGAGUAUGAAGCUGCUGCUACCCGUUUGAAAGGAAUUGUCGCUCUAGCAAAGGUUGACUGCACAUCCAGCUCGAAUGUGUGUAGUAAGUAUGGAGUGAGUGGCUACCCAACCCUCAAGAUCUUCAGAGAUGGAGAGGAAUCAGGGGGCUAUGAUGGACCUCGGACUGCAGAUGGGAUUGUCAGUCACUUAAAGAAGCAGGCAGGCCCCUCAUCAGUGGUGGUCCAGACCCAGGCAGAAUUUGACAAGUUUACAGCAGAUCGUGAUGCAAGUGUUGUAGGUUUCUUUGCUGAUGGUGACAGUUCAGCUCAGGCGGAGUUCCUCAAGACCGCUAGUGCCCUUAGAGAGUCCUACCGCUUUGCCCACACCAACAAUGGAGACCUGCUGAAGAAACACGGCGUUGACGCAGAGGGUGUCAUUCUCUUCCGGCCCCCACAUCUGGCCAAUAAGUUUGAGGACAGCAGCGUUGUCUUCAGUGAGGAGAAAUUCACCAAUGCCAAGAUCAAGCGAUUCAUUCAGGACAGCAUUUUUGGAAUGUGCCCACACAUGACUGAUGACAACAAGGACUUGCUUCGCGGCAAGGACCUGCUGGUGGCCUACUACGAAGUUGACUAUGAAAAGAACCCCAAGGGCUCAAACUACUGGAGGAACAGAGUGAUGAAGGUCGCCAAGGGAUUCCUGGAUCAGGGCAAAAAGUUGAACUUUGCUGUGGCCAACAAGAACGGCUUCAGCCACGACCUUUCAGAGAUGGGUCUGGAUGCCAGCACUGGAGAAAUCCCUGUUGUGGGCAUCCGCACAGCAAAAGGCGACAAAUAUGUGAUGCAGGAGGAGUUCUCCCGCGAUGGCAAGGCUUUGGAGCGUUUCCUGCAGGGUUACUUUGAUGGCAAGCUUAAGCGCUACCUGAAGUCUGAACCCAUUCCCGAAAACAAUGAUGGACCAGUCAAGGUGCUUGUGGCUGAGAACUUUGACUCCAUUGUGAAUGACGACAGCAAGGAUGUCCUGAUUGAGUUCUAUGCUCCAUGGUGUGGUCACUGCAAGAGUCUUGAGCCCAAGUACAAUGAACUGGGAGAAAAGCUUUCCAAUGAUCCCAACAUCGUCAUUGCCAAAAUGGAUGCAACAGCAAAUGAUGUGCCCUCGCAAUAUGAAGUUCGGGGAUUCCCCACAAUCUUUUUCUCUCCAGCUGGGCAGAAAGACAGCCCAAAGAAAUAUGAGGGAGGUCGUGAGGUCAGUGAUUUCAUCUCCUACCUGAAGAGGGAGGCCACCAAUCCUGUGGUGGUUCAGGAAGACGAGAAGAAGUCCAAAAAGAAGAAGUCGGGCGCUGGGGGGGAGCUCUAAACAUCUUGUCAGCCCACCUGCACUCAAGGGAGAGUGAUGAAAGGAGAACUAAAUUAUAUUCCAAUCUUCUAGAGAACUACAGAAUGCUCUGACCCAAGUCAUGAUGGCAGCCCUCUCUUUGGCCUGCUGGGAACACUGUGGACUGUGGUGAUGGCCAGGCUAUGCGUGAUUUAAAAAAAAAAAAGUCUUCAAAAGCUGGACUGCUUUUGAAAUCGAGAUUAUUUUUUUUCCCUUGCUCUGAACCAUGGAGAAAUGCACUUUGGUGAUGAGACCAGUUUCCAGUCACACAUUGUUUUGUUUUCUGAAAAAAAGGGGGGUGUUCCUAUUCCUUGUUUCUGUUUUUAUUUUUUUUAUUUUGUAUCUUGUCUCAUUUUGUACAUUUGGAAGGAUCGUGAAAUAAAAGGCCCACUAAACCAGUUGCUGUAUCACCAUGUUCUCUGAAAAGAAAUUGGUUACAGUAAGGUCAGGUUUUAUGUUUUAAUUCAGUAUUGUAAAGGAAUGCAAGAAUGUCAUGGUCCUCAGACAGAAAGGAUAUUUGACAGCACCUCUUAUUACAAGCUUUGAUAUCUAGCAAUAUCUAGUAAUUUGUCCUCUGUGGAUUUGUUUUGUAGAUGGUUAAGGUUAAGGAUGAAGAAAUGUGUAGAUCAUGUCUGCUACCUCAAGAUAAGGUCAAGUAUCAUACUUGCAAUUAUCUCGAAGCUCAAGCUUUUAACAUUAGCGACUGGUAGUUUUUCUGUCUCCAUGGAUUGAUGUGUUUUCUACAUGGUCAAGACCGAUAUGAACAUGAAUGCUGUUGAAAUUAACCAUGACGAAAGAUUCAGGGACAUUCCAAAAAAAAACUUAAUUUCCGUGCCUCCUGUCAAUUUCACGUAAUCCAUUGAACUUUUUCUGUUGUCAUUCCUACCCAGGUUAAGAUGGAAAUGGUCUUAAGAGAAUUCAUUUGUUAGUCUUAAAAGAGAACUCAUUAAACCUAUUGAACACAAAUGAACAAAUGACAAUAAAACCAAGAAAAUCCA